AAGUGACGGCCGAGAAUUGGCCAAGAUGGAGAGCAAGAUUUGGGACCCUGAGAACCCGCUGGAGGACAGACAGAUCGACCAGUUUAUGGUCAUAGCAAGGUCUGUUGGAACAUUUGCCCGUGCGCUGGACUGCAGCAGCUCAGUUCGGCAGCCCAGCCUCCACAUGAGUGCUGCAGCAGCCUCCAGGGACAUUACACUGUUCCACGCAAUGAACACUCUUCACAAAACCCAGUACGACGCCACAAAAGCCAUCACCAGCCUGGUGCCCCAGGGCGGCCCUGUGCUGUGUCGAGAUGAGAUGGAGGAGUGGUCAGCCUCAGAAGCCAACUUGUUCGAGGAGGCACUAGAAAAAUAUGGAAAAGAUUUCAACGACAUAAGACAAGACUUCCUACCAUGGAAGUCACUUAACAGUAUUAUAGAGUACUAUUACAUGUGGAAAACCACAGACCGAUAUGUGCAACAGAAACGUUUGAAGGCUGCUGAAGCUGAGAGCAAACUGAAGCAAGUCUACAUUCCCAACUACAACAAGCCCAACCCCAAUCAGAUCACUAACAAGCCUGGCACACCGAACUCCCUCAUGAACGGACAGGGAGAGAAACCAACCAGGGCCUGUGAAGGCUGCUAUGCCACCAACUCCCACCAGUGGUACUCCUGGGGACCUCCCAACAUGCAAUGCCGUCUCUGCUCCGUCUGCUGGAGCUACUGGAAGAAGAUGGGCGGCCUCAAGAUGCCAACCCGGCUAGGUGAGAAGCUAGGUGAGGCAGAGGGAGCAAAUGAUUUUGAGCGACUGGCUGGCCACAUGCCCAUGCACAGACCCUUUAGAUGUACCAUUAGGGACUGUGGCAAGGAGUUUAAGCUGAAGGCACACCUUGCCCGUCACUGUGCCACGGCCCAUGGACUAACAAUACGACAGUCCAACAGUCCCAAGUUCACCGUCAAGACCAGACAGGCCUUCUUCCUUUGUGCAACGCCCCUGACACGACUCUCACGCCGGCUGUGCAAGGAUAUUCUCAAGCCUCGACAUGCAGCAAGGGUGCCCUUCGACCCUGUCAAUAUUGCCUCUAUCAAGAUAGAAUGCCAAACCCGGAUGCCGGAAGAUCCACAGAAGGUCCUGAAGAAGCGGAAGCGCACUCGGCCUGACCUGAGUAAAAUCCUGGGGAAGCUUGGGAUUGAUGUGGAGGCUGAUUCCCCUGAAUGGAUGAACGGCUGCUCCAUCCCACCAGAGCCGGUACUGGGCAAGCCGCCACGAACCAUCGCAAGCUGUACUGAUAGGAAGGAGUACAAGUCCAUGUUCCCAGACCACCCUGUCAGGGAACCCAAACCUAACGCCGAGCGACAUACAGGUGGUGAUGAGAAGGCGGGGAGUGUCCCCUCCAACCCCACCACCAUCCUCAACAACGUGUCUCCCCCCAUCAUGAAGAAGCGCCCCUACGACCAGAUGAACGGGAUGGAUGGUCCUGCAGCCAAGAGGUCCUUGCCUAUGGGAGGCCCAAAUGACAUGCCAAUGAAGAAAGGCGACCAGCCGGCCGUACGGCAGACUGCCAUGUUACCAGGGAUGUUCAGUAACAGUGCCGUCCCUCGCACCAAUCAGGUGCUGAACGCCCCUGGCACCAGACCCCCUGGGGUCCCAGGGAUGACCAAUCACAAUGGCAGCAACAGGCAGUUCGCCAAGACCCUGGCCAUCAACAGGCCCGUCAAGAGACGGCGCAUCAACUGGAUUGAUGCGCCUGAUGACGUUUUCUUUGUGGCCACAGAGGAAACCAGGAAGCUCCGUCGGCAGCUGGUUCCAGCUGAGCAGCGCCGUGCUGCCCGAUCCCCCUGCAGGAAGGUUCACCUCCCCAACAAGCCCAAGUCAGCUGCCGUCCCCAGUGAACCAGAACCCAUCGUUAUUGAGGACUAACUUCAGUGGUCCAGCCAUAACUAACAUUUCUCAUCGAUGUACUGUAUGGACCCAAGCAUAUUAUGGAGUGCCAUGGUGCCACAUAGCAGGAUUUUGAAGAAUUCAAGCAGAGUCAUUUGUACUAGUCAUCUCCAUUCCCUAACUUUCAAAAACAAAGUCAAGUGACAGACUCAUCUUAUUCAGGUCCAUCAACUAGUAUAAACUGUGUUGGGUCAUGCUUUACCAAGAUGUUAGUAUCAAGUUUGAAUAUGAAGAGCUGAAUUUGAAAAUGUUCACUUGUAGUGGUCAACAGAUGUAUAGGAUGUUUGAUAUGCCACGGUUACACACGUACACACUAAUCUUUCCUACUGGCAUAUGGAACUCUAGAACUUUUAUUCCCCUCUUUGUGAAUACUGUGACUGUUCUUGUACAACAGCAAAUAUAGUGGGAGAACCAAGUCAGCACUCUGUGGAUGGAAAAAGGGUUGGGGUUUGUUUGGCCAAACAUGAGGGUGUAGAGAAUUGAAUGAGUACAAAAUGGUGAUACCCUAACUUGGGUGUCAGAUGUCACUUUCCCCCCACUUCAGUCUCCCUCACAGUCUCCAUUCUAGACUGUGGCGAAUGUACAUGUACUUCGCUCAAAGGACAUAGCAUGUAUAAAAGCACUCUGUAAAAGAAGUACAUUUUUGUGGAGGCUGUGCAGGAGAUACUGGGGCAUGUGUGUACCUUCCUGCUGUGAAUGAUGGGAUCUAGUGUAGAGUUUAAUGUUCUGGCCAUCGACAGGGUCUGCCUUCCAGACUAAAGUACAACACGACUUUUACACAGAUGACUGGAGGGAUGUGGUAUCACUGUAAGACCUGAAUAGAACGGGUCUGUAUACUAGAUGUAGAACUACUCUUUGAAUAUGGUAUAUUUAUUCUUUGUUCUAGUCCACCCGUGUCAUCAGGUUAUUGUUUGGCUGUUGCCAACUAUUGUAGGUCCUGUGAUGCUCCUAUUGUGAAGCAGUUUUGUAUGUAUGAACUUGUUUCUGUGAAUAGUACCAAUGAGUCUUUGUACAAGACGUAUUUUCCAACACCUGACGUUUUAUAGAGAUGACAGCGACUGGCUUUGCCUGAUGUAGUGCGUCGUAUGUUAUCCUUGUAGUCAUUCCCUUCUCAAAGGAUGUCCUCACAACUUACAACUUCUGGAUGUGUCAGAUUGGUCCAUAAGCUUUUAACACUCCUGUAAGUGAAAAUCCAUUUGCAACAUGUUUUCUAUGACAAAAAUGCAGUGCUUGAGAAAUAGCAGGAAAAUCUUGCUGCUCCCCAGGCCUCUGGUAGAAUUUGUUGCUUGAAGACAUUUGGUAAUAUCCUAGAACUUGCUUAUGUAUGAACAGAUAACGUUCAGUUUCAGAAUCAAGACCAUCAGAAAUAUGUGUUAUGGAAGAAGCAAAAAAAAUGAGGGGCUUUCCCCGGAUCAUUCUCAGUUCUGUGUUGAUGGGUGUUACAGAACGUACUUGUUUCCCAAGAUGAUACCUUUCACACAACAGGCACUGAGAUUGCAUAUUUGUAUAAUGAAGAAUGUCACUCUGAAACUGUGCAUAUUUUCAUAACUUUGCUGUAGUAUAAGUUGGGACAUUGCUUGUUUAGGCAUUGUUUGAUAUAUGUUGCUAGUACUCGUAUUCAUCACUAAUUAUAGAGCUUCUGUAUUUUUCCAAUGAUUUAGGAAUAAGCAUAUAAAUAGACAGUAUCACAUCAGUUUUUAUCUUCUUGGAGGCAAUUGAUAGCAUCUAAUUUAUUGAGACCAUGGAGUAGAGUAACUGGAUAUGAGGACUGUAAGCAGUGAGAGACCAAUUGUAUUGUGCCUGCCAUUUGUUGUUCUGUGUUAGAUCCUAGGAAAGCUGCUCCUGUGGCUGCCCCAGAGGGGUGCCACUCUUUUUGUAAGUUGCAUGAUCUUAUUGUAGCUUUUCAUGAGCUUUUGCAGCACAGAGAACAGGUAAACCUGUAGUUGCCAUUUAUCCAGAGAUUUGGGGAAGACUUGUAAGUCAUCUGUAAGUUUGUGGUUCCAACUUUUGACAGCUUGUAACCUUCCAGUUUGUCCUUGCCAAGGGGAGUUGGAACAGAAAUGACAUUUGUUGUCAGGAAUGGACUACAGGUCUCUGACUGUCGCAGGUAUGAGUUGGAUUCCAGACUCAGGUGCAGACAUUUGGAAUCAGAAGAGAGCUCAUGACAAAGUACCAGUGCUUUGCCACUCAGUUUUUACAGUAACAUGAAUUAGCUUAGGGCACUCACCAGUAAGUCCAACUUGGUCUGUGAUAAUACAGGUAGCUUCAUGCAAUGUUUGCCAGGGUCUUCCGACUAGGAAAGCACUUUCCUUUGAAGGUGGUUAUGGAAUUCUGGGAUCAGCAAAAAUCUACUGAAAGUUUGUUGAACUUUUAAAGAGAUGUGCUGUACAAUAUUUUGCCAAGCUUUGGUCUUCCCAUUUCAAAGCUAAUGUGUCAAAUGAGAAGAAGAAAAAAGACAUUGAUGAAAAAGUAAAAACAUUUCACUGACAGGUCAUGCCUAUCUGAUGCAUGCAGAUGGACAGAAUCCCAUAACUGCUGGUCAUCACUGACAUUCUCACGUCUUGCUGUAGCUGACUUGUCAUGCAGACAUUUUGGUAGCAAAUUACAACGUGACUGUUCAAUAAAAUAACUUGAAGUAUCCAA